ACGUUCACUAUAUCAUACCCCCGGAACAAAUAGUUCAUUCCAAACGCGUUUGACCUCCGUGCAGCCAUGGCCAUUAAGAAUGCCCGUUCGGACGUUGACCCUUGACGUUACAAAGAUGGCUGCCGCACAGUGGGUUGUUGCGUCGCUUUCAGCCGAGAACAUGAUUUUACAGACGACUCUGGUCCUGUUGGCGGUUUUUGUUGUGACGCGAUGGUACCUCAGCACUCCCAAGAACCUCCCACCCGGCCCCAGAGGGUGGCCUGUCGUCGGUAAUAUGUUCUCUCUUACGAGUGAAACUCGCUGUCUGACGGUGACCGAAUGGGCUAAGACGUACGGACCGGUCUACCAGAUGAGAGUAGGGAGGCAGAGAGUUGUGGUUCUCAACGGAUAUGACGUCAUUUACGAAGCCCUGGUCAAGAGAGCAGAAGAUUUCUCCACUCGACAGUUUGGUCCCACGACUAGGAUCAUAAAUCCACAGCAACUAGGUAUUAUCCAGGCCCCUUUCGGUACCCCAUGGAAGGAACACCGGAAGUUUACGCUCAUGUCUCUCCGUGAGUUCGGCUUCGGGAAGAGAAGCUUGGAGGGGAAGAUCCUGGAGGAGUCGGUCGCUCUACAGACAGAGAUCAUGAAGAUCGGUAACGGACCGUUCGACAUCGGCCGGAUGAUCCAGAAUGCUGUCACCAAUGUUAUCUGUUCCAUAGUGUUUGGGUCCAGAUGGGAAUACAACGACGAGAAGUUCACGCGUCUAAUGGACACCCUGGACCGGGGAUUUUCCUUUAACUUUGCCAGUCAACUCGCCAUCUUUUUCCCCGUCCUCCGAUUCGUCCCAGGCUUGGGAAAGGGUUUAGACGUGGCGCGAAACGUCGUCGACACCAUUAAAAGUUACAUUAAAGAGGAAAUUGACGACCACAAGAAAACCUUUGUUCCAAAUGAUAUCCGGGACCUUAUUGACUCGUACAUUAAGGAAAUGAAAUCUCGCGAGAACGAAGAGGAGACCACGUUUACUGACGACUACGCAGAGAUGGUGCUGUUCGACUUGUUCAUCGCCGGUGCCGAGACCACCUCUACUACACUGUACUGGGCCUUUCUGCACAUGAUACUCAAUCCGGACAUACAAGCAAAGGUCCAAGCCGAGAUCCAUUCCGUCCUCGGACACGACAAGCCGCCGUCCACCGCCCACCGCGCCCAGAUGCCGUACACUGAGGCCGUCCUGACGGAGGUGGCCCGCAUCGGCACCAUCCUGCCAAACAGCGUCAUCCACGCCACAUCACGUGACACCAGUUUCCGUGGAUACCACAUUCCCGGAAACACGACAGUGUUGCCUAACAUCUGGUCCGUCCACCACGACCCGAAACAUUUUCCCAACCCCGGAAAGUUCGAUCCUGGCCGCUUCUUGGACGCUCAGGGACAGUACCAGAGGGACGACCACGUCAUCCCCUUCUCUCUCGGUCCGCGGAUGUGCCUGGGGAAACAGUUGGCGGAGAUGGAGCUCUUCGUCUUCUUCACGUCCCUGCUGCAGCACUUCACCUUCAAGCUGCCAGAGGGAGCACCCACACCGUCAACCAGAGGGAUCCAUGGCAUCACCCACUCCCCCAAGAAAUAUGAACUCAUUGCUGAACCACUGACUUAAACGACAGGGAUACAUCAUUGCUUGGUUGAAGACUAUUCCAAUAGAUGGAAGAUGAAUAUAAGUUUUGAUGGAAUGUCGUAAAUAUCACGAAAGGCAUAAUACGUUAUGUACAUAUUAGUCAUCUUCCAUUAUUUUCCCUCAGUGGAUUAGGGACUAAGUUUAACUGUGUGCUGACAUGUGAUAAUACCUGCAUUGUGAAUGUAAAGCAUUGUGACACUACAAAAGAACCUGCCAUCGUGUUUGACAUUCCAUAUGUGCAAACUGAGGCAUAUAGUCUUAUCUCAUACUAUAGUCUCGUGUAGAGUCUGAUAGCUCACUAAAUUAUGAAAGCCUGAUUAAAUCGCGCUUAUAGAGGUCCGUCCUUUCCACCUGGGUCGGUUCAGUUACAGCCCCAGAGAGCGAGUUUUCUGCUAUGAUAGCUGUAGAAAAUAGCACUUUUAACGGUUUUUCAUAGUACAUGUAUAUAAGAUCUAAUAUGUCAAGUCAAUGACGUUAUAUCUCAUGUAACGUCCUUGGUCAAGUCAAAGUACCAUAUACAUCAGGUACAAUGUAUCACAAAUAUGGUAACAAGGAUUAUUAACGACUACAAUUUUGGUGCAAUAAUCUAACUCCAUUACCCAAUACAUGAUACUAGUAUAAAGGCAU